CGAACAGGGCUCAAAACGCCGAAUGAGUUGGCGAGCUGCUAGAAAUACGAAUCCAAGCUUUCCCCAUCGAGAACAGUUGUUGUAACCUUUUGCGACUGGGCAAUAUUUUUUAUCAGGCUUCACUCGUUCAUCUACUCAACGACAUCGCAAUUACAAGAUGCCACGCGGCAGAAGAACGUGACGCAGUGAGCAUUGGUAGUAGCUCCAUCACGGUGAGCAUUAGUUGGCUAUCAGUGACGCAGUCACGGUCAGUACUAGUAACUGCAUCACGGUGUCACGCCCGUGAAAUUCGCCACGGCGUCACGGUAUCACCUUGAGCGGCGGGCUCCGCCGUUUCUCGGAGAGCGGUAUCACGAGAAUGACGAUCGAGCAGGAUUAUGUUGACGAGGGAAAUGGUCGGCUCGGCGUCGCCGACGACAAACAAUCCGAGCCGUACGGUUCUGUCAAUUCGAAGGAAGCAGCAGAAGCAGCAGAAGGCAAAAGGAGGUGGUUCGACUCCGGCCGAAACGGCAGCUGGAGCUUCGCCGGGUGGCGACGACUCAAAAUCGCCGACAGCAAUGAUGCGACGGAAGCGACGGAAGCGACGGGCCCAGCAGCCGACGCGGGAGCUGGAACCGCCGCGGUACUACCGAGACUACUAAUCUCCACAUCUUCAUCACCCCGCAACAGCCUCGGGAGAAAGGGCGGCGGCGGCGGCGGCGGCGGAGGCGGCGGAGGCGGCAGAGGAGGCGGGGGAGGAGGAGUGUGGGAGUCAGCGGCGUGGCUGUGGGUGUGGUGGCGGCGCGACCUGCUGCUGAUGAGCACGGCGUUCCUCUUCUUCUUCGUGGCGUUCAACGCGCUGCAGAACGUCGCGACGAGCAUCCACGGAGAAAACAACCUGGGAGCAUUGUCCAUGGGGGUCCUGUAUGCCGUGAUCGUGGUUUCUGCUCCGCUCGCGCCGUUCCCGAUUCGAUUCUGGCGCGCGCGCGCCGCGAUUCUCGUGUCGCAGACAGGGUUCUGGGCUUUUAUCGGGUCCAACGCGUUCACUAUAAAGUGGCUCCUGCUGCUCGCCUCGUCUUACCUUGGGGUCUGCUGGUCGGUCGUGUGGGUGGCUCAGGGAGUGUACCUUGUUGCUGCAGCGGGAGUCUUCAGUAAAACACACAACAAGCCAAUGGACCUUGUCGUUACAGAAUUUAGCUCCCUUUUCGGCGGAAUAUUCGCCGUAAAUCAAAUCAUAGGCAACGCGAUCACUUUCACAGUCUCCCUACUCUCCUCUUCUUCCUCCUCCUCCUCUUCCUCCUCCUCUUCCUCCUCCCUUCCUCCCACCACGGUCACCAUACUCAUUAUAGUCCUCUGCAUCUGCCUCGCUAUAGGCUCCCUGCUCUCGUGGCUGCUCCGGGAUCUCCAGCCAAUGGAGGACUGCCACGUGGACGACCCUGCCGUGGCGAUCAAACGCACCGUUGCCACGUUGGCGCCCUGUCCGUCGAUUUCAUCCAGCAGAGCACUUUCAAUCUUCACCGUUGAUUGGGAAGAGGAGGUGGCGGAAGAGGUUGGGGAGGAGGGAGAGGAGGAGGGAGAGGAGAGAGAGGGGGCAGAGGAGGAGGGCGAGGAGGGAGAGGAGGGAGAGGAGGGAGAGGAGGAGGAGGAGGAGGAGGAGGAGGAGGAGGAGGAGGAGGAGGAGGAGGAGGAGGAGGAGGAGGAGGAGGAGGAGGAGGAGGAGGAGGAGGAGGAGAGGGAGGGGAGAGGGAGGGAGAGGAAGAAUGUGCACCGAUUCAUAGGGACUAUGCUCUCGGAUGUGCAAGAGAAACAGGAGGGGGGGAGGAGCAGGGGAGGGAGGAGCAGGGGGGGAGGAUCUAGGGGGGGGAAAGGGCAGGGGGAGAGGGGCGUUGUGAGUAUACCAGAAAUAGAGACACCUAGAAAUCCCAUUGGCGUUUCAUCUGCUUCAAACCGCGUUUCAUCUGCUGCAGAACGCGUUUUAUCUUCCGGCACACCUUCAAACUCAAACCGUACCUUCCAACCGUCACACUCCUCCUCUCACCUCCCAAACCCUUCCUCUCGCAUCUUCCCUCCCUCCCACUCCACCCCUAUCCCCCCUCUACUCUCUCCUCUCACCCCAUCUCCCACUCCCUCUGCUCCUCCCAUUCCUUCACCUCUUGGCCCUCCUGCUCCUCCUCCCGAACCUGUCCCCCCCGACGAGCCACCAUCCCUGGGCAAACACCCAGGUCCGGGCCAAACCUGACUUCUGGCUCGCCGAGCCUAGCUCGAUCAACCUCGAGCCUGAUGAUCAGCUCUAGGUCCGGCCGAACCGUAGCCUCGGUCCAUGUCCCAUACCUCUCCCGGACAAUGUCCCGCUCCUCUGCGCUGACCCUCUCACGGCGGCAUGCCUUGUCCGUUUCUGCGGCCUCCGGUCGGCGUAGCUUGUCUCGGUCUGUGAGCUCGGCGCGGCUGACUGUGACAGUGGGCAGCGGGAUGAAGGAGGAGGCGGGGAGGAAUGCGUGGCAGCUGCUGUUUGAUCGAAAGCUGCUGCUGCUGAUUCCGCUGCUCUUUUACUCUGGACUGCAGGCAGCUUAUAUCAGUGCGGACUUCACUCGCUUCGUGGUGCAACCGCUGCUGGGAGCGCAGUGGAUGGGAGGCGCCAUGAUGGCAUUUGGCGUCGCCAUUGCCGUUUGCUGCUUCCUCUCGGCUCGUUUCGCCUCCGGCCUCUCAUCAGUGCUCCUCAUGCUGCUGCUGGGUGCUGGCUCGCAGACCGCCGUUCUCGUGCUCACAUGGGCGUAUGACGGCAGAUCACUCCCCACGCCAGCAGCCUUCGCCCUUGUGUUCGGCUGUGCGCUGCUGUGGGGCAUAGGUGCCACAGCAUUCCAAUCUCAGAUCACCGCUCUCCUGCCAUUGGUCUUCCCUUCUGACGUGGAUGCAGCCUACGCGCAUUGGAUCUCAUGGAGCAGCGCUGCCUGCUCCAUCUACUUCCUCUCGAGCCCAUACAUUGCCACGGCCAUAAAGAACGGCGUUCUGACCAGCUUCUGCAUCGUCUCUGUGCUCCUCGCCACUGUGGCUGUGAAGAUGCGGAGACCAGCAAUGGCGAGGCCAUGUGCCGAGGUGUGACGUGCACUUCGAUAAACUUACAUAAACAAUAAACCCCAAUAAUAUAAAAAGGGACCUGCUUCCGCUUUAAUGCACUAAACACAUGGCGUUGCGAUGUGAAACAGUUAUACCGAGGAAGCAUCACGCUGCAGAUUGAAAUCAUACCUAAUUUUUAAUAAUGUCAACCCAUUUCCCUUGGAAUCGCUCGAUUCUGCUAAACCGUCUAAGC